AUGAUUGCUAGUCUUUCUCGGAAACAGAGCACCAGUGCCUCUAGCUCGUCGCUUGGGACGGCGAGGCGGGCGACGCCGCUUUUUCAUCCGCUCUCGCCUCCUCCGGUCAGAGAGAUAGAGAAGUACGAGAAGAGACUGUUGCCGUUGUUGCCAUUCCGAGCACGGAGACAGUCUUUGGUGUCAGCCUUCAGCAAGGAGGUGAACGAGGCACUUGCCACCCCGGAUGGCAGCAUUUUCGACUACAACCAGUCUGAGUGCAACAACAGCGAGUCGGAUCAAGAAGAUUCCGAGAUGGCCUUUAUCCUAGAUAAUCAAGCAGGUAGCCUUUCAAAAGGGAAGAAGCUUAUGGGCGAUGCAGCCAAUGUCCCAAGAAGAAUGCCGGACCAGGCCGGUCACUCUGCGCCAACAUUGACGCAAAGGGCACCGCGAGUGCCUGGUCCCGAUCACCUCGCAGCGCUCCGAGAAAGACGAAGGACCAUGCACAAUCAUGAUGAAAAGGCCCAUAGAGUCCUGGGCAUUCCCGCAAAUGUCCACCUUCACAUCGCCCGCCCCCAAACGCCAUACCCAACAGCUGUGCUCGACCACCGAUACGAGGCUGACGAGCCAUCUUCUGUCUCACCUCUCAGCGUUAGCAGCAGUCCCUUUGGUCAGGAGUUCAGGACCGCAGUGUCCGAGUUGGGAGCUGCGGACGCCGAGGCUGAGGACAAGGGUUACUGUUCGGACCCAAGCCCCAUUCAUUCCAGUCCAAGACGGAUCAAGAGAAUCAGCACAGCGCGAUCUGCUAUCCCCCGCCCUCUUCAGAUAACAAAGCCCCCAAAGCCCGGCCGGGGUAACGAAGAGGAGACGUCAAAGCGAGCCAGUUAUGACUACCCCUAUCAUGUAGCCCAACUGCAGAUUGCACAGCACGAUGCCAAAUGCAGUCCCACAACAAGCUCCCCAGAUACAGGCAUAUCCAUCCCUAUCGCCCUUUUCGACAGUAACAAGCCCACGCCUCCUUUUGGAGGCGGCACCGGCGGUAAGCGCUCCUCCACGCCUUCCACGCCGCGCCUCAGCCGGGGCUCCUCCCUCAUCGCCCCAGCCAGAGCCUUCCUCCGGCGCAGCGGGAUUGGGAUGGGGACCGCUACACCCGCCACGCCAGCUCCGACUCCCACAUCGGCCGCCUUUGACCACCGCCGCGUCCAACCCGCUUGCCCUCCCCCGAUCCGUAAACCGCCGCGCUCGCUUUCGGCAUCGCCCCCAAAUUCCAAGACCAGGACCAAGACAACAACCCCUUCCCCAUGGCAGCCAUCAUGCGCCUCUGCCCCAGCGUCCUGCUCGGCCCUCCCGGCCGGCACCAACGCCCGAACGCCGCCAACUGCCACUGCCCCUGCCACGGCCAAAGCCAAGACGGGCAUGAUUUCUGCGCUCGCGGCAAAGACUACCGACCUAGCGCGGCAGCUCAACAAGAGCAUUGGCCUCGGCAUCACAACCAUGAGCAUGAGCGGGGACGAAAGGCGCCGACAGAAACUCAAAAGCCGCAUCCAAGUGCUCCCGGACGGGAGGCAGGUGUUUUCUUGCUCUCCUACGGCCGUUAUCAGCAAUGAUAGCAACGUAUCCCCUCCCGCGCCGGGUUUCGGAAAGGAGAGUUCCAACGCCGGGCAGCCGUGGAAACGAAGCCCUGGUGGGAGCGGGAGUGGGAAUGGGAGUGUCAGGGCUAAUCCCGCGCCACCUGGGCCUGGGCCUGGGCCUGGAUCUGGGUCCGUCAGAGUCAGGAUGGAAACCGGGGCUAGGACUACUACUACUAGGUCGAAUCUGAGCACGCCGUCGCCGUCGGCCAGGCGCGGGAUCAGCCCGCGGCGGCAGGGGACGAGUCGAGGUGGGAGUCCCCCGCUGCUGUCUGGGUCAAGAGUUGCGGUUGCUAUUGGCGGCGGUGAGAGUAGUCGGAGGGGUCGGAGGGGGGUGAGUGCUGGGUUGAGGGAGGUCGCCAGGGCACCUCGUAGACCGUCGCCUUUGCCCAGGCCGUCGUCAUCCAGGCUGGAUCGGGACGGGAUAGUGGGGCGGAGCAAUCAUCAUGGCUUGGGACUCGGAAUGGGAAUGGGAGUGGGUAUGAGGGAGGCUGGUUGGGUGAAGCCUGCGAUGUGA